AUGGCUCUCAGCUUCUUUAGUGGCGGCGGGAGCGCAAGCAAUGCCAAGUAUUUCGACAUCCGUUUGGACGAGGACUAUAUCGUUUUUCGUGGCGGCGAACAUGAGGCUGCCAGCGCUCACUUGAAGGGGACCUUGGUGCUAUGCCUGUCGGAGCCCCUCGCGAUCAAGCACAUUCGACUGGAACUAACCGGCAUGUCCCGCGUCUGUUGGCACCUACCAUCCAGCUCGACCGCCGGCGGCCGCAAGUCCUGGAGAGAACGAGUGUUCUACGAUAAGACAUGGAGAUUCCGGGACCCCGGCAAAGGAAAGACUGAAAUUCUGGCGGCGGGCAACUACGAAUACCCCUUCGAUGUCGUCCUCGAGGGUUCCAUGCCAGAGAGUGUGGAGGGCUUGUCAGAGACUUGGGUCAUGUACCGCUUCAAGGCCGAGAUCGGACGAAAGUAUGCCAAAGACAUUGUGGCACGCAAGCCCCUGCGCAUCAUUCGAACACUUGAUCCGAGCGCACUUGAACUUUCCCACGCUAUGUCGGUGGAUAAUAUUUGGCCGAACAAGAUCGAAUACUCCAUCAGUACACCAACCAAGGCGGUCAUGUUCGGGACAUCGAUUCGAGUGGAUUUCAAGUUGAUACCCUUGUUGAAGGGCCUGCGGAUCGGACAAACUACGUCACAGUUGAUCGAAAGUCAUGACCUCACCCUGAACCCAGAAGACCCCGACUCUGUUCGCAAUACCUACAAGAUUACUCGCACUAUUCUGACAGAUGAGUACGAUGUGGAUGAAGACCGCAUCGAGGUCAUCGACGAGGCCGCAGAGGGAUAUCAAUUUACCCGCUAUCUGGAUAUGCCGUCAACGUUGACCCGGUGUCUGCAAGACACAGACACGAAGGGCAUCAAGAUUCGCCACAAACUGAAAUUCCGCAUUCAACUCCACAACCCUGAUGGGCACAUUAGCGAAUUACGUGCUACGCUCCCGGUCUCGAUCUUUAUCUCCCCGAACGUCGCCCUGGAUGACAACAACAAUAUUCGUGACUCAUCCGCUCAAACCGCCCACUCCGCUAACCAACGACGAGCCGCAGAUGAGUUCUCUGCUAACCAGGCACCUCCUCUAUAUGGCGAACACCAGUUCGAUCAGCUAUACAGCGAGGUGGAUCCCAACGGUUACCGUACUCCUGGCCCCGGCAGUGGACCCAACACCCCAUUCGGUCCUCUCAGUCGCAAUGUUUCAAUCGAUAAUCUGGCCUCCAUGAAUGCUUUGACGAACACCGAUAUCUCGGCCUCCGCCUUGCACAGCCGUCUUUCGAGCCUGAACAAUGCCGCCCGCAUGGGUCACCUGUCACCCAACGAGUUAUCACUCGAUUCCACCGCGGAGAGCCACCCCAACGCACGACAGCUGAAUGUUCACUUUAAUGACUACUUUGGACCAUCGUCUGGUUCAAACUCGCACAGCCCGAGCAGCCCCGAGCUCUCUCGCCGAACUUCUGACGAGGUUGACCAUGAAAACAUCCCAUCGGGUAUGGCGACCCCCUUCCACCCUCAGUAUGCCGAGGUGGAGACUCUGAGCCGAGUUCCCAGCUACUCAACUGCGGUGCGUGCCACCGUGGGUUCGUUCGAUUCAUGCCUCCCCGACUACAACGCCGUCAUCGCGAGCAGCCUGCCGACGCUCCAAUCUCCACAACAGGCAUACCUUCGAAGUGGUCGAAACAGUGGCCGAGCCAGUGGGAUCUCUACACCAAUCGAGGUGAAUCGUCCCGGCUACUUCAACCCAAACGCCAAUGCUGAUGAUGCCGAACGCAGACUCCGUUUAGUUCAAGCCCGCGCUAGAUAG